GGAAAGUCCCCGGAUCCCCUUCCUGACACCAUCUCUCUGUUCCUUGGCAGUGGGAGUCCCUGUCUUGCCUGCCAUGGGGCUGGAGGCCGAGCCCCUUGCCGCCCCCCACCCUUACUGGCCCCGGGACCUGGAGAUCGGGCGCUACGUCCCCAACGACCGCCCCACCUGGCACAGCCUGGCUUUCCUCUUCUCCGUCUCGGCGGCCCUGCUGGCGCUCACCUGGUGGGCCGCCGGCUGGCGGGGGUGGACGGGGGCGCCCAUGAGGCCCGGGCGCCGCCUGGCCCUCUGUUGGUUCGCCAUCUGCGGCUUCAUCCAUGGCGUGAUCGAGGGCUGGUUUAGCCUCUACCACACGGAUAUACCAGGGGACCAGUCCUUCCUCUCCCAGCUGUGGAAGGAGUACGCCAAAGGAGACAGCAGAUACGUCAUAGAGGACAACUUCACUGUGUGCAUGGAGACCAUCACUGCCUGGGCGUGGGGCCCGCUGAGCCUCUGGACCGUGCUGGCCUUUCUCCAGCGCCAGCCCCACCGCUACAUCCUGCAGCUGGUGGUGUCACUGGGCCAGCUGUACGGCGACGUCCUGUACUUCUACACUGAGUACCGGGAGGGCUUCGCCCACAGCGAGAUGUGGCACCCGCUCUACUUCUGGUUCUACUUUGUCUUCAUGAACGCCCUGUGGAUCAUCAUCCCCUCCAUCCUCCUCCUCGACGCCUGGCGGCACCUGAGCGCUGCCCAGAGGGCGCUGGACUCUGUCAAGGCCAAGAGACACUGAUGCCUCACUCCCCCCUGCCACCCGGGAUGGGGGUAUCUGGCACAAAACUGCCCCGGGGGGGCUGAAGAAUGAAUGAUGCUCAGGGAUUGGCGUGCGCAGGACUCUCUCCCUGGCUCUGGGAGGGGAGUGGGGUCCAGUGGGCUAGAGCUGGGGGGCUGGGAGCCAGGACGUCUUGGCUCUUUUCCCAGCCUCUGUGAGCGACAUUCAAGUUUCUCCAAGCCGCCUUUACCUGCCGGCCUGGUGGGGAGGGACGGGUGAGAGGGGGAGGAGAUCGCUAGCAAGGGUGGGGGAGAUGUCUGCCUCCCUAUGACUUGUUAUCCUAGCACCCCCUCCUCCGCCAAACCCUCCCUGGUCCCAUAACCAAAGCUCUGACCCCGUCUCUGUGUGCCCCCAAUAAUGCCCCCCUUUGCCUCCUGACUGGCUGCAGGGUGGGGGAUGCUGGGACCUUA